GCGAGCCUCUGAACUAUUUUGGUUGUCAGGCUGAAGGAAGGAGAAUCCGGGAGAAUCCGACAGUUGGACCUUAAAGUAGCUUAUUUGUAACAGUCCUUAAUAUUGGUUUAUUUAGUACUUUCAGUCAUUUUUUCAUGGAAAUAUCGACCAAAUAACGGAGAUAAAAUCGUCACUCAGGAUGGAGCAGAUAAUGGAGGAGAACAUCGAGGAGGUGAGGGUGCUGGAGGCUCAGAUUGAGCGUCUUAAGGCUGAAGUUGAAGCUUUGCAGGGCCAGCAGCAAGGCAACCAGAAAAACAUGACGUUCCAGCUCAGAGGACAAGUACAGGAUGCUAUGUCAUAUCUGUGUGGACCGACACAAAGAGAAGGGGAAGAGAGGGUGAUGUCCAGACUGAAGGAGGAGGUGGAGGAGCUGGAGGAGGAUCUGAAGCGGCAGACACAGAUGAAUGGCAUCUGUCUGAACAGCUGCACCGCAAAGACUCUGCAAAGCAGUGGCAAACAGCUGGUCCAGCAACUCUGCAUGUCAGGUCGAUGCUCUGAGCUGCUCUUUCAGGUGGAGUUCCAGCUCUCUGAGGUCAAGGAGGGUAAGUGUUCUGAUAGGACCAUCAGUGAUCUCAACGUGGUGAUGGACACCAGUGACCUGCAGGACUUCAGCAGCUUCCUGUCAAGGGUGGAGGAAAGAAGUGAUCUUCUGCUGUACUUCAGGACUCUCAGGACCUUCUCAAACAGAUGUGACGACCGAAGCAGAACCUUUGAGCAUUUCCAGAAGAAGUACCCAGCAGUGGUGUCCUUCCCUGAGGACGGCAGGUCAGAGGUCAUGGCCCUGAAUCAUCCCAAGCUUCCUGGCUGCAUCUUGUCCAUUCACUGGGCAGUCAAGGUUUCUAACAAGGGGGAAGUCACUCCAAAGAUCGACCUGCUAACAGAGGUCUCAAAGAACGCACUGCGGUUCUUUCCCUCUCCGGCUCUAGGGGAUGCUGCGGAGGGCUUUCAGAGCCUGCUGAGGAUUCUGGGACCUGAAGCCGCCCUGGAGUCUGUGAUCAGAGCGCUCAGCCUUUAAGAGAAACCCUGAGUCAUCAUUCAUCUCUGUAAAGAACGUCCAGUUAAAUCUGAGCUGAUGUAAAAAAAAACACACAAAUCAGGAAACGCACACCAGUGAUUUUAGUCUCUUAGAAAUGUUUAUUCAAUAUAAAGAGUCUGUGACAGCAGAGCUCAUCGGUCAAAAUCUACAAAAAUAAAUAAUUUAAAUACAAAA